CUCAGCCAUUAGUUUGCGAAAUUUAUCUGCUGAACUUUACUCUCGCAAAUUGUAAAAAUGGCUGGUCUUGCACGUCCAGUAUACAUCGUAGCGGCUAAGAGAACCGCGUUUGGCACAUUUGGAGGAAAACUAAAGGGUAUAACGGCUACUGUGCUGGGACAACAUGCCGCUGUUGCUGCGAUGGAAGCAGGAAAAGUUGAUCCAGCGAUUGUGGACUCAUCCGUGUUUGGUAACGUUAUCCAGGUAACAUUUGAACUUGGUAGCAGAUAUUUUAUUUUUAAAAAAAGUACAAUUAGGCCACGCAUCAGAAAGUAAUUUUGGAGAUUAAAAGUUGUAGUAGAAGUGAUCCGAUAGAUUAAGUUUAUUUAUCUUUUCAGUUGUCUACUCUUCUGACCUUUUAUUACAUGUCAUGAUGGACUUUGUACUCUAUCUGUACAAGGACACUUGCGACGUGUAAUUCCUGAUAAUAAUUUCACUUUAUUAAAUUUAUGUCAAGAUUCAGAAAUGACUAUGAGCUGAUGAAUGCAGUAAUAUCCCUUGAAUUAUUUUCAUAAGAACAGAUAGACUGCGAUCGGCUGUUAGUUUGUCGGCAGUUUUCCUAUCGCGUGACAGGUCUGUUAAGUCUCCUAGUUGUAGUUGAAGCGAGUGAAGAGGAGUUACGCCACGAAUUGAUUCUGUUCAGAUCUCUUUAAAAUUAACUAAAUAUAAUUAUUUUUAAUGAACACUUCUUACUACAUACACACAACAUGCAGUCUGACAACCAGUGCUCAAAAUGUUACUGAAAUAAGAUUUAUUACAGUUUAUUACUAUAAAAUAAUUAUUUUGGCAUGUACCAGUGCUUAGAAAAAAAUAGAUUCAGAUAUUUUGAGUUUCUCUCUGGGUUAAUGCUGAUAUUGCAUUUGUCAGGUCAACUUCUCAUGCUAUCAUAUAUUGAUUGAAUGCUCUCAACCAACCAGAUAGUAGUAAGUCAUAGUAAGUCAUAGUAAGUCUUAAGGUUAACAGCCCACAAUGGUUAACCUUUUAAUGCCCAUUCACAGAGUGCAUCAGAUGCAGCCUAUAUCUCAAGACAUAUUGCCCUGAAGGCCAAUGUCCCUGUUACGACUCCAGCUUUGACUUUGAACAGACUCUGUGGUUCAGGUUUCCAGGCAGUUGUCACAGCAGCACAGGAGAUUCAGUUGGGUGAAAGUGACAUUGUUUUGUGUGGAGGCUCAGAGAACAUGAGUCAAGCACCGUAUGCCCUUAGAGAUGCUAGAUUUGGAACAAAAUUAGGUCUUGACUUAAAGGUGAGCUUUCCUCUCGAUACUUUUUUCAUCAUUCAGAUCUUCAAAGCUGAAUGGUGUCCUUGUCAAAAAUGCAUAUUCAGAUGGUGGUGUUCAUCUGUUCAUCUGUUCAUUAACAACUUUGCAAUUUGUACUGUUUUUUUUAAUGUGAUUACCAUACUAAAACUAAUUAAUUAAGGUUAAAAAAUAAUUUCAUUAAAGCCUAAUUUAUUCUUUCAUUGCAUUCUGUAGCUUGAGGACACUUUGUGGCAAGGUUUGACUGAUUUUCAUGCUAAAAUGCCUAUGGGUGUCACUGGAGAAAAUCUUGCAGAAAAAUACAAUAUCACAAGGCAAGACUGUGACGAGUUUGCUCUGCUAUCUCAAAAAAGAUGGGCUGAAGGUAAAUAAAACUAUGAGGCUGAAACUCAUCAACAAGCUGUGCCGAGCUCUCAGUCAUGGCCUGGACAGGAAAAUGCAAAGUGUUGGAGAGCAAACUUAUUAGAGAGUAUCUCAGAUUUUCUUUUUCCCAGCUUGGGUUCCUUUUCCACUCACAAUUUUUGACAAACUGAUAACUUGGAACAGUCAUUAAGAGCUUCCAGAUACAAAUACCCUUGAACUCCCAAGAUCCAACUGUUCAUUCUCUCCUUCAGCUGCUACACAUUUCCUUGUAAAUAAGUUACAAGAAUUUGUUGUUAGAUCAAGAUAACAACUUCUAGCCAAUAAGUCUGAGUAUUUUUACACCCCAUUUGCUGGAUAUUGUAUGAAUAUUAUGGGGAGAAGUUACAUGUUAAUCACUUCUGGGUGUUAAAGGGUGAGAAGCAAAGUCACUGCUUUUCUUUACUUGAUUUUGUAGUUGUAUUGUAAUUUUUCUGUUUGGUUAAUAUUCAUAAUUUUAGUUUCGGUCAUUUUCAGCUCAUGCAGAUGGCCGAUUUGUUGAAGAAAUUGUUCCUGUGACUGUGAAAGGCAGGAAGGGACCAGAGGAAUUUAAGGUUGAUGAACAUCCUAAGCCAGACAGCACUAUAGAGCAGCUGGCAAAGUUAGCACCAGUGUUUAAAAAAGAUGGAACAAUUACUGCUGCCAAUGCUUCUGUGAGUUACUUUCACUGUACUUUUGUGUUUGUAUGUAUAUAGAAACUGUUUACAAGCAGUUGUUGAUAGGAUAAAUUUUCAUCUGUUUGUGUUGUUAGGGCAUAUGUGAUGGGGCUGCAGCACUCAUUUUAGUCAGUGAGAAAGCCCUGAAGGAACAUAACUUCACUCCUCUCGCAAGAAUUGCUUCAUAUUCUGUGGCUGGUGUAGAGCCAUCAAUCAUGGGAAUAGGUCCUGUCCCAGCAAUUAAAGCAGCUCUAAAUAAAGCUGGAAAGAGUCUGCAAGACAUGGCACUGGUUGAGGUAUGUAACACAUUCAUACAGAAAAUUAACACUAAUUUUUAAGGUACAGAAAAAGUAUAGAUAACUCUGAUAAAGGCUUAAAAAAACCCGAAAUCUUUUCUUAGCUACAAAGAUUGUUUGAUUGCUUGUUGGGAUCUUAAACCCUUACACCUCUUAGAGUGAUAAAUAUUUAAUUUCUCCAUCCAAUAUCAUGUCUGGAUUACACACUCAAGUCAUGCAAAUUAAGAAAAUGAUCACAACGUUAAGAAACUCUUAAUUGUUAGACAUAUUCUCUUUGUCAGUAUUAUAGGAAACAUCAGCUUUAGAAACUCUUUAUGGUGGCUUAUUUAAAUCAUCAACUCAAAUAAUAAAACCAAAUGAAUUCUCUUGCAUAAUCCACAACCCACUUGAACAAGUUGAAAACAAUAUUAUGAACUUAAACACAAUCUCUUCCAAUCUUAUCUUCACAGGUGAAUGAAGCAUUUGCUCCUCAGUUUCUUGCAGUUCAAAGGGAACUUGAACUGGACAUGAACAAGACAAAUGUGAAUGGUGGAGCAAUUGCUUUAGGGCACCCAGUAGGCACCUCAGGAGCAAGAAUCACAGGGCACUUAGUGCAUGAGCUGCGUCGAAUUGGUGCUAAGUAUGCUGUUGGUUCUGCAUGUAUAGGAGGUGGUCAGGGUAUAGCUGUUGUUCUUGAAAAUGUUCAGUGAGUUGAAUCUUUGCAGUUGAACUGGAAAAGAGAAUUUCAGCAACAUUUUUGCGGAAUUCUUGUGAAGAAAAAUAUUUUUGCUUGGAAAGAGUGUAUGAAUGUGGAGGUUACCAAAGACCUUUGUACGAGAUAAGCUUAAAAACACUAUGGCAAGUUGUUUGUCUAUUAGUUUCAAAAGUGCUGGUGAGACAUUUGGCUUGCUUGCAGGCUUUUUCAGGUAGUAUCUAAUUUAUUGCUUGGACAAAACACCUCAACACUCAUCCCAGUUUUGAGGCUUGUAUCCAGAAUCAUUUCUUUAGCAUAUAUUAAAAUAGAUUUUAACUUAAACCUGCCUUAAUUUCACUCACAAACUGUGGUUAUUCAAUUUUACCUUUGUUGACUUUGAGCUGUUGAUGAAAAAAUCAGUGAAAACUGUAAAAAGAAGGUCUUAAUUUAAGGUUAUUUUAAUUACUGUUUAUGACUCUUCACAGAAUAAAGAAGACAAACUUUGUUUUUACCACUUUCAAAUGAAA